CCAGGGGGGUGCCAGGGCACUGCCCGUCCCAGCACGGUGACAGAGGAGGGCUGGCUGGGAGCACCUGCUCGCCACUUCCCGUGUGUCCCCGUGUCACCUCUGUCUCCGUGGGACCCCCAGCCCCACCAUGGGGUGUUGGUGACAGAGGAGGGCAGCAGCAGGAGCUGCUCGUGGGCACGGGGCAUUGGAUGGGCACAGCGGAUCCCCCAAGGACCUGGCUGGGCACGGCUCUGUCCUGCCCCCGGCUCUGAGGAUGCACAGGCUGCUCCUGCUCGGCUGCCUCUGGCUCCUGGCAGCACCCCCAGGCUCCAGCAUCUUCCAGAGGCCAACGGGGACCCCAGCCCCCCUGCACCUGCAGUACCUGCUGGAGCCCCUGCACCCCACGGUGCACACGCAGCGCGGCGCCACGGCCACCCUGCCCUGCGUGCUGCGCGCCCUGCCUCGCAACUACCGCGUCAAGUGGAGCAAGGUGGAGCCGGCCAACUACGGGGAGAACAUCAUCAUCAUCACCAACGGGCUGUUCCACAAGAACUACGGGCCCCUGAGCCCGCGGGUGCGCCUGCGGCACAGCCACCGCUACGACGCCUCGCUCACCAUCAGCGACGUGGCGCUGGAGGACGAGGGGCGCUACCGCUGCCAGCUGGUCAACGGGCUGGAGGAUGAGAGCAUCUCGCUCACGCUGCACCUCGAGGGUGUUGUCUUCCCUUACCAGCCCAGCAACGGGCGCUACAAAUUCAACUACCACGAAGCCAAGCGAGCCUGCGAGCAGCAGGACUCCCGCCUCGCCACCUACCAGCAGCUCUACAAAGCCUGGACAGAGGGGCUGGACUGGUGCAACGCUGGCUGGAUCCUGGAUGGGACCGUGCACUACCCCAUCAUUAACUCACGGGAGCCGUGCGGCGGCCGCCUCCUCCUGCCCGGGGUGCGCUCCUACGGCGCCAGGGACAAGCAGAAGGACAGAUUCGAUGCUUUCUGCUUCACCUCUGCCCUUCAAGGCCAAGUCUACUUCAUCCGGGGCCACCUGAACUUCAAGGAGGCGGCGCAGGCGUGCCGAAACCAGGGUGCUGCCCUGGCCAAGGUGGGCCAGCUCUACUCAGCCUGGAAGUUUUCCCAGCUGGAUCGCUGUGAUGGGGGCUGGCUGGCGGACGGCAGCGUGCGCUACCCCAUCACCACGCCCCGGCAGCGAUGCGGAGGGCUGCCCGAGCCCGGCGUGCGCAGCUUCGGCUUCCCCAGCAAGGAGAUGAGGACCUACGGCUCCUACUGCUUCGUGGGCAAGUGAGGACACGUGGCCGAGAAGAUGGGACACCGCUGGUGUGUGGUGUUUGUUGGAGGACACACAGGACAGCGCUGGUGUGGCGGUGUUUGAGGACGCAUGGGACAGUGCUGGUGUGGUGGGGUUUGUCUGAGGACACAGGGGACAGCCCAUGUGUGGUGGUGUUUGAGGGUCCCCAGGAUAAGGGAAGACAUGAGAACACCAUGUUUGAGAAGGCUGAUUUAUUAUUUUAUUGUAUGUAUUAUAUUAAAGGAAAAUUAAAUACUAAAACUGUACUAAAAAAAGAGAAAGGAGGACCUAUGGCUUCUACUGCUUUGUGGGCAAGUGAAGACAUUGGGCUGAGCAGCUGGGACAGCGGGGGUGUGGUGAUGUUCGUUUGGGGACACAGGGGACAGUGCUGGUGUGGUGGUGUUUGAGGGUCCCCAGAACAAGGGAAGACAUGAGAACACCAUGUUUCACAAGGCUGAUUUAUUAUUUUGUGAUGUAUAUUAUAUUAAAAUGAUACACUAAAACUAUACUAAAGAA